AUGUUAUAACAGCAUCCAUAUUUAAACUAACCAGAAAAUAUUACCAAUAAAUACAAUAAACCAAUCAAUCUAAGUCAACAACUUAGCUUUUCUUAGAGUUUACCAGGCUAAUCUACAUAACAAGAAUAAAACUACGCAACUCCUUAAUGGUAAAAGUAAAUGCAUCCAUAAUUUUCAAAUCAACAGCCAUAAAUUUAAACUAUUCAAUCUAAAUACAUAGCAUAACCUUAAACAGUUUAAAUUGUAUAUUAAACAUAACCAACUUAUGUUUAAUAACCUCAACAAUAAAUUGUCCCUGUUGUUUAUAAUGCUUAGUAGUAACAACUCAGAUAAAGUUCUCCUCCAAGGAUCAUAAAAAUUAAUCAAUAACUAUAACCUGACUAUAAAUAACCUGAAGUAUAAAUUCCAGAAUAUUAUCCACCACCUCCUCCAAUAUAUUAUGAUGAACCUAUUCACUAUGAGGAACCAAUUUUUUAUCCCCCUCCUUUAAAAACAAUCAAACUACCUCCUCAGAAUACUAAUAAUUAUUAUUAGCCUAACUAAGUAAGUUACAUUUAGAAUUUUGAUAAUAGACCUAGAUAUCCUGAAUAUCCUUUUAAAUCUAUGGAUCUUAUGGAUUAUUUUAAUAAAGCACUUAUAGACAUGGCAACAUAAGAAGAAAAAAUCGAAAAAGCAAAAGUGUAGGUAUUUUCUUAAUAAGACUUUCGUGUUGAUACCUUGUUUUCAGAAUUCGAUAAAAAUUCAACACAACAACUCUCCCUAGAAGAAAUAUUAAAUGGAUUUAAAGCAUAUUCAUUAUAACCUGAAUUUGUUGAUAUUAAAUUAUUGUUUGAAGAAUUUGGAUAGUAGGACAUGAUAAAUAGGGAAUAAUUUAUAAACAUGAUAACUCCAUAAACAGUUCUUAAGUUUAGUCUAGCAUUUUAACAAGAUUAAGUAAGAUUACUCCCAGAAACUAAAUAACUUAUUAGAUAUUUAUUCGUUUGUUUAUUAAAUGCUGAAAGUGUUUAUGAGGCCAUUAGGUAAGAUUUAAUCUCAAAAUAAAAAGAAUUUGACCGACAAUUGAAUUACGACUAAAUAUACAAUGAAAUAUUUUCAAAUAACCAACCUAACAAUUUAAGGUCUUAUAUUUAGAAUCUAGGACAUUAUUUUGAUGUAGCCGUUAUUAAUGCUCUUUUUAAUCGAUUUGCUAAAGAUUCCACUAAAGGACUAGCAGAAUAAUUAUAAUUAGCAUUCUAGCCAAAAUUAUAAGAAGAGGACUGUUAAUUGUGA